AUGCAUCUACUCAUUGGUCUUGCCAUUGUCGGUUUGGGUAUCUACCUCCUUGUUUCCGGUUACGUCAGUGAUGCCUCCGGUGGUUUAAGCAUUCUCGCCUACCCAUGCAUUGGACUUACGAUUUUGGGGAUCAUCCCAGUUUUUAUUGCCGUAUGCGGUUGCUGGGGUGCACUCAGAUACAACCGCUGUUGCCUGGGCAUGUAUUUCACAUUCCUUCUGUUCGUCUUUGCUGCAGAAGUGGCUACGGGGAUCGCUGGUGUUAUUUACAAAGAAGAGCUGCGAAUGUACAUCCUGAAGUACUUGAAAACGGCCGUCGAAGAAUAUGAACCUACGGACAAGUUAACAUCUCUGGAUCUUGUACAAGCGACUUUUCACUGUUGUGGUUACUCGGGUGCAAGUGAUUACGGCAAAAAACCUAUACCUAAAUCUUGUUGUGGAUUCGGAGAAUGUGACGCUUCUCUCGUUAAGGGCUGUGAGGAACGCACUUUUCAAAUUGAGAAUCAAACCAUCAUAUUAUGCGCCAUUGUGAUCGGGGUGGCUCUCAUUCAGCUCGUUGGUUUGAUUUUCUCGAUGGUACUUUGUUGUGCCGCCAGGGACAGGCACAGCGUCGAGUACUACGAACCUGUGCGCACUUAA